AUGCGACCGCCGGAUAAUCUUGCUCCAGGCAUUGUGAUUGGCCGCUGCCGCCCGCCGCCCCACCGAGGCCUCUUCCCCCGGCAAGCCGCCGUUCUGACCGCAGGCAGGCGGGAGGCGUCCGGGCGGCAGCGGAGAGGAGGAGAGCACACUGCCAGCGACCUGCAGUGGGCUUCAGCAACGACUUCAGGAAGGCAAAACCACGUCGCCCGGAGCGGUGAUAACCCGAACCUCGCUCGGCGCAACUCUUGGCCCCACGCAGCGAAACCGCCCGGUCGGACGACAGGCGCCAAGCCCUCAAUGCGCGGACCCACAUUCGCGCUCUUGCCGAUCCGGCCGAUUGUGUCAUAUCACGUGAAAAUGCGGCAGCUCAACCUUUUCGGUAUCAACUUGGGAACGUUCGCUGCAGAUCUUUAA